AUGAUCACAUCUGUCGAAAGAGAGGGCCAUUUCGCAAGUUGCCAGUUCGUGGUGAUCUCCGUGCAACCCAGCCACCGCCGCGCACCCACAUCGAAACGAUACGCAGUGAACAUGGUUGGCUUUGGCAAGAAGAAGUCUGUGGGGCUGAUCUCCGACACUGAGCUCGAGCGCAAGGGCAAGGUCGAUGGGUCGAGUCUCCUGGACGACAACGGCGACCCGACCCAUGGGACGCUGUACGAAGGCGAAAACUUCGACAAGAAGGUCCGACGAGCUGACAACCAAAACGAAGAAGACGAACCCAAGAAACCCGCGAGCCGAAGUUGGUUUCGCAUCCCUGGCCUCAGCUCCAAGAAGAAGUAGCGUCGACAUCGAUGGUUGUUCGUAUGAUAUUUCACCUUGAUUAAUAUAUUUCCUUGUGUUUGUCUA